AUGGCCACAGACCACCAUAGUCUCAGUUUGUCGCUCAUCAAUGUGCAGGCUGUGCCUCGUUCGAUUGUGCGGAAGUUCAGUGCAGCUGCACGCGCCUCUUUUUUCUUUAAAUUUUUACUUCUCUCUGUUCUCGCAACUGGUCUCCGCGGUCGUCCCAUUCCAUGGGACAGAAAACUGCUCAAGCGAAAGAAGAGCAAAUGGGACGACCGCUCGAACGGCAACGACAAUAAGAAGACUGUAUUCACCAUCAUGAAGGCUUUCAUUGCCUCGGGCAUUCUGUUCUUGCCUGGGGGUGUGGCUAAGGCUGGCUGGUUGCUGGCUAUACUGAUCCUGCUGUUGCUGGGAAGUCUGUCGCUGUGGUGCAUGCUGCUACUACUGGACGCCAAGAACAAACUUGUCAGUGAGGGCGUCAAAGUGCUUAGUUUCGGCGAUGUGGCCAAGCACUCGUACGGCAAAUGGGGCAGGCGUGCGGUGGACACGUCCAUCUUAUUUGCUCAGAUGGGCUUCUGCUGUGCUUAUUUGGCGUUUGUGGGCGAGAAUCUGCACAGUGUGCUGUACUCUGUGUUUGACUGCUGGGAUGUUCCUCAGCCCCUGAUCAUGCUGCUGCUGACCCCCAUCAUCAUCCCUAUGGUGUGGGUAAGGAAGCUGAAGUACUACGCUGUGACUAACAUCAUCGCUGAUGUCCUGAUUGUGGCGCCUCUGGUGUAUCUGCUGUGGUACGAGGCUGAUCUGGUUAUGGAGCGUGGCCUAGGACCGGAUAUCGUGGCCUGUAAGUGGGAGACGGCCCUGCCCUUCUUCGGGACCACCGUGUACGCGCUCGAGGGCAUCUCCAUGAUCAUCCCCAUUGAACAGGCCAUGAAGCGACCGCAAGACCUCCCGCGGGUGUUGACAGGCUGUAUGGUGUUUAUUGUAUCGCUCAUGAUCGUGAUCGGUGUCAGCGGAUACCUGACCUUUGGCAGUGACACCAAGGCGAUCAUCACCCUGAAUCUGGGCGACCCCACGGAGGGCGACAACAAGGUUGUAGAUGUAAUUAAGCUGGCCUACUGUUUGGCCAUCAUCUUUACGUACCCCCUGAUGAAAUUCCCGGCUGUCAAGAUUGUGGAGAGGAAUCUGUUCAAAGACAGAAGGUCUGGCAAGAAAUGGGCCAAGAACUUUGUGCGUAUGAGCAUGGUCUUCCUGUGCCUGGGUGUCUCGAUUGCCGGCGCUGACAAGAUCGAUAACUUCGUUGCUAUCGUGGGAGGGCUCACAUGCGUGCCUCUGGCCUUCAUCUUCCCUUCACUAUUCCACUACAAGAUCUGCUGCAACUCUCCCAACAGCCCGGCGUUCUUCAACUACAGCUACAACACACUCAAGAUGUAUUCAUGGGCGGAUGUGUUUAUCUUCAUCUUUGGUGUUUUGUCUAUGAUCCUGUCUACCGGUCUGGCGAUUGGGGAGUGGAUCGAUGCCCCACCAAAGGCCGAGGAGAUCUGCCAUCUGAAUACCACCAUCCCGUACGACCACUUUGAACUCUGAGAAGGUCUCUAACUAUGCAUUCACCGUGUUUCCGAACCCAUAACUUUGAAGGAUAGCAAAGUAAAUGUAGUUUUAAAUUAGAGGGCAGAAGCCCUCGUACAUGGAAAUUCUCGUAGAGCCUCAAGGAUCAUCCCUUUAGGGAUGGGCCCGAUAAAUUUGACGGGUAGUAUAGUGAAUGUAAUUUCAAUCUGAUCUUAUUAUCUGAUCCUUUCGGAAUUCGCGGCGAUUUAUUGAGUCGACUUAAUUUAUGUUGUCAAUUCGCUGCGUUGUAUGGGUAGAUCGCAUAUGCAAAACACUUUUGCGAUAACAUAUCGGCAGUGCCAAAUAGCCGCCAAGUUGGUCCGAAGGUGAAAUAGAAGCCUUCGGCCGAAGUUGUUGUUCGUUUACUAUUAAAUUAGAUGUACGUCUUUGAAUCAAUGGGCUCU